AUGAGACUGGCUUCAGUGUUUGGGACACCAUUUGAUUUGGCAAAGUUGGGUCUCUAUCUAGCAAAGCAUUUACCUCCUAGCUUUGGACUUGUAUUUCCUUUGACUGCAAGACAGUUCAAGUUUGGACAAAGCAAUCCUACCUUUCUUGUAGCAGAUGCUCAUGGCCAUUUGCUUGUGAUUCGGAAAAAACCACCCGGCACGCUGAUGUCUCAAACAGCUCAUGCAGUAGAGCGAGAGUACUGGGUUUUGGACUCGCUUUACAAGCAUCGAAGUUCUGAUCAGACUACAUGGGUUCCAGUCCCACAGGUGUAUCUGCUUUGUCAAGAUCAUUCUGUUCUUGGAACACCUUUUUAUGCCAUGGAGUAUCUAAAUGGUCGCAUAUUUGAAAAUAUACUCAUACCGUCAGUGAUAUCUGUAGAAAAUAAGAAGAAAUACUUUUAUUCUGCAAUAGAUACACUAGUUCGUUUGCAUUGUAUAGACUAUCGCAAAGCUGGUCUGGAAGAGUAUGGAAAAUCUGGUGGGUACUAUCAACGACAGCUAAAGCGGCUACAUCAAGUCUCUCAAAUCCAAGCAAAUAUCCAAGAUAAAAAUGGUUCCAAUGUAGGAAAGCUUGUCCAUCUUGAUGAUUCUCUUGCCUGGCUUCACAAAAAUAUUGUGGCAGACCAGAUCACAAUUGUGCAUGGUGACUACAAGUUGGAUAAUUUGGUAUUUCAUUUGGAAAAACCUCAAAUCAUUGGAAUUUUAGAUUGGGAACUAUCCACAAUAGGACACCCACUUUCCGAUCUUGCCAACUUUUUAAUGCCGUGGUAUUUUUCAAAACGCCAAUCUGGCAUGGCAAGUGGAUUGUAUGAUGCUCUGGCAGUGAUUGCUCAGGGUAUAGCAGCAAGAGUAAAACGCGGACAAGCCAGCUCGCACAUUGCAAAUAGUGUUGCCGCCAUAUUUCAAGACAUGGCAGAUCGUCUACAUGGAAUUACUACCAACUCGGUGUCUCUGGAUGAGUCCCAUUUUCCCUGUGCUGCCAAACUAUAA